AUGUCAAACAACAACUCCUUUGAUGUCAUUCGUUUUCGCUCCUUGCUCAAAAAAUAUGCUAAACCACAAAGUGAAGAAAUUGAAACAAGUCAAGUUGUUGAUUUAUUAAAAGAAUUUGAUAAGAAAAGAUUUGGAACAUUAACAAUCAAAGAUGUACAAUCACAAAUUGAUAUUGAUAAAUAUGGAUCUGUUUGUUUUUCAUCAGUGGAAAACUUUGCUUGUCAUCACACUUUAAACGAUCGUUCAACAUUUGUGACAGAUACCAUUUCAUUAUUCUACAAUAAUUAUUCCUCGGAUAAAGGUAAAAGAUUAGAUAACAAAUCCGAUAGAUUAAUUGAAGAAAAUGAUAUGAUCAAAUUAAUAAUUCAAAUGUCAGACAAUUCUCUUUCCACUGAAGAUGCUUCUCGAAUGAUAAAGGAAUUACAAUCAAAUCAAUUGUACAGUGUAAAGAAAUUAGCUGAAAAGCUUUUAUAA